AUGAUAAAGGAUAUUCUAUCCAUUCCAUCUUGUUCUUUUUAUCUUUCAGCUUAUAUUUGCGUUGAACUCUUCUCGUCUCUUCUUCCAGCAAUCUCUCUCUGGUUCUCUGGUCAACUGCUUUCUAUCGUUCAAGCAGCUGUUGAUACACGCUCAAUCGACACCCAGCUCCUUAUUCGCAUCGCUGCUGGUCGUUUUCUCUGUCAAGCUGCAACUCGCAUUUCUCGUCAUGCAAAGUCACGUCUCGCACACCCGCUCAACUCUAGAAUUAAACAGUACUACUCCGUUCACACCUUUCGUGCAAUGGCUCGUCUCGAUGCACCCACCUUUGAUGACUCUGCCGUUCAGCGUCAACUCGAAGAAUCCUUGUCCCCAAACUCACGCUCCACCAUUGCAUGGGACGCAGUCACCACCGUUCUUCAUAUAGCCACCACCCUCAUCCAACUCACAUCUCAGCUAUCCGUCCUCGUUUCCGUUCUGCGCCAUCAGCGUGACGGUCCUUUAUUGGCCCUCCUCAGCUUUGCCCACUUGCUCUACGAAUGGUACUCUUCCAUUUCUCCAUUCAUCAAACCAGGAGUUUGGGCAGCAACAACCAAAGACCAAGACUACAUCAAAAGCGAGGGUCUCAAACGCACCGUCAUCGACCCUGCACAUCGCAACGAAAUCGUCGCAGGUGGAAUGUCAGACCAUCUCACUCACACGUACAAAGCGGCGAUGGAUGCAGUCGCAGAUCGAGCCGGUGACUUUUUUGAAGCUGCUACCAUCCAUCGCAUGUACGGCCGUCUUUCCAUUUCAAGUUUCCUCAGCGAUCCCCUCCACCAAUUACCCCAGCUCGUAUUCACUCUACGUGCAGUCCAACACCCAGCAUCCAUCCCCUUGUCCCUUGCUUCACUGACGCUCAUCACGCAAACUACCCAGUCCUUUACACUCACCCUCUUCAGCUUUUUCGACGGAACAAGCUCCAUCGCAAACAAACUCUCCAGCAUCAGAAAACUAUACGAGGUUGGAAACAUACCAAAUCAAGUCCUAGACGGUACCCUUCCUUUUCCUGAAGACCAGUCAUUCCUCCUUCAAGGCCUUUCUAUACAGUUCAUCGACGUCUCAUUCAAAUACCCAGGCAGCGAAUCCUAUGCACUACGCCGCGUAUCUUUCAAAAUUGAAAAGGGCCAAUUAUGUGUCAUCGUAGGCGCCAACGGAUCAGGAAAAAGCACCAUUCUCAAACUCGUCGCAAGACUAUACGACCCAUGCGAGGGCACUAUCCUCAUCGACGGACUAGACAUUCGCACACUCAAACUCUCGGAUCUUAGACGCGCCAUCUCUGUCUUGUUUCAGGAUUACACCCAUUUCCCGUUAUCGAUCAAAGACAACAUCGGCAUCGGUAACCCCGCACACGCAUCGGAUCUUGAAAAGAUUCGCAAAGCCGCACAGCUUGGCGGCGCAGAAGACUUUAUCGAACGCUUGCCGGAUGGAUUCGACACGUACCUUGAACGCCCUGUAAAAGAUCAUUAUAGUAACUUACCAGGACAUACCGUGGACUACAGCGAGCUUAGAGAUGUAGCCGGCAUGAGCACAGGGGAAUCCAAGGGCUUGAGUGGAGGACAGAUGCAGAGAAUCGCUUUGUCACGGACGUUUAUGCGGUCUUUGGUGUCAGAACCAAAUGUGGGGCUCUUGCUCUUUGAUGAGCCUUCCGCAAGCUUGGAUCCCACAGCUGAGCAUGAUUUAUUCGAGAGGCUUCGCCAACUAAGAGGUAACAAGACAAUGGUAUUCUCCUCGCACAGAUUUGGAAACCUCACACGCCAUGCUGACCAAAUACUGUAUAUGAAUGACUCUGUGAUUGUAGAAGAAGGCACUCACGACCAACUCAUGAAACAGAACGGCGAAUAUGCACGGAUAUGGAUGUUGCAAGCUCGCGCAUUCUUAUAG